AGCUUUCAGUAUUGUUAUAAGAAAGACAGGACGAGAAGAAGCUGCAGACGUGUGUCAUGGCGUGACAGCGUUGUACAGGCAUCAACAACUGUACAGACUUAUUUAUUACAUAUUAACAUAUUAUUACUACAUAUUAACGUGGAGGCACGUUUCCACGUACCGAAGGCGACGGCUCCUCUCAGCGCUAACGUAACGCUAGCCACCGGCCUUAUCUGGCUUGACGAAGGGAACAACGACUCUUCUUGAGUGUCACACGGAUGCAGCUAAUGUCCACUGGAGAGACGUCGGUGUUUUUCCACGGGACGGGGACGUGAUUCGUGGACGUGGGCAUUUUGUCGAAGAUGGAUAAUACGGACUAACGCCUUCAGAUAAACAACUGUUGGGAUCUGUGCUACCAGUGAUUGAUUAAUAAGCCUCUAACCGUUUCCACUAAUGUUGCAUUAGGUGACAUCAGUCCGUGUAACUAGUUAAAGCGACAGAUUGAGUCGCAGCUAACGUUGUCUCUGUUGUAUUUGUUAGCAUGUUCGCCAGGACCCGCUGUGGUCAGCAGCUAUGACGCUAGGUGUAGCUGCGGGCUUCUGUCACUGGAAGGCUAACAGAUAGCUCGUGUGUGUAGCUCCCUGUUCUUUGCGUGGUCAUCGUGGCAGGCUCGGCAUCAUGUAGCUUGUCCGUCUUCGUGAACUGGCCAGGUGACUGGUGACGUUGUACGUUUAGCGAACCCUUUGGACAGUAAUGCAACGCUGGGCUGCAACUGUCCCACCGGUUCCGAUACUGACCCCUGCCACUGAUUGUUGCUAGUCAUUCUCAAAGCCGUCAGCACUGCGCGACAUUAGUCACCAGAGUCUAGAGUAAAGCACGUGAAUGCAUCAUGCCCUCGCCUCAUAUUUUAUUUAUACGAUAAAUCCCAUUUGAGCCGCCUGUCAUGAAAUAAAUCCAUGGUGCAUGAAGCACCGUCCCGGGACUGAGUGGACAAUUUGCUCCAGGCUUGGUUUCUAAAGAGGAGAGCAGCGUAUUGGGCCGUCCACCAGCUCUCAGCGUCAGCUGGACCAGCACAUCAUCACGAUGGAGACGGUGGGGGACUUUGAGUACAACAGGAAAGACCUGGUUGGACAUGGAGCGUUCGCCGUGGUCUUUAAAGGAAGACACAGGAAGAAGACCGACUGGGAGGUGGCUAUCAAGAGCAUCAAUAAGAAGAACCUGUCCAAGUCCCAAAUCCUGCUUGGCAAGGAAAUCAAAAUCCUGAAGGAGCUGCAGCAUGAAAACAUUGUGGCUCUUUACGAUGUCCAGGAAACUCCUAACUCUGUUUUCCUUGUCAUGGAGUACUGUAAUGGAGGUGAUCUUGCUGACUAUCUGCAAGCUAAGGGCACUCUGAGAGAAGAAACGCUCAGGGUUUUUCUCCAGCAGAUUGCUGCUGCCAUGCGUGUCCUCAACAGUAAAGGAAUCAUCCACCGUGACCUGAAACCCCAGAAUAUCCUGCUGUCAUAUGCGGGUCGCAAGAAGUCUAACAUCAGUGGCAUUCGUGUCAAAAUAGCUGACUUUGGUUUUGCACGGUACCUCCAGAGCAAUAUGAUGGCUGCCACACUGUGUGGCUCACCUAUGUACAUGGCCCCAGAGGUCAUCAUGUCCCAAAACUAUGAUGCUAAGGCUGACCUGUGGAGCAUAGGGACGGUCAUCUACCAGUGUCUGGUUGGCAAACCACCCUUCCAGGCCAAUAGCCCCCAGGAUCUGAGGAUGUUCUAUGAAAAGAACAAGAACCUACAGCCUAUUAUCCCAAGGGAGACGUCUCCACAGCUUGGUGACCUGCUUAUUGGGCUGCUUCAGAGAAACCAGAAAGACAGAAUGGACUUUGACACGUUUUUCAGCCAUCCAUUUCUGGAGCCAUCAACUGCCUUUAAAAAAUCGUGUCCAGUGCCAGUUCCCAGCGCCUCCAACACUGUGACGGACAGUUCCUGUGGCAGCUCUCCAUGCGUUCGCUACAACUCCCCUACAUCCCUCCCUGACAUGCAGACUCUAACAGAAGAUGGCCUGUCGUCCCCUCCACUCGGUCCACCCAACUUCCUGCAGCUGUCCAAAGAGUCUGCAGGAAGUACUAGCAGUAAGAACUCUUCCUGUGACACCGAUGACUUUGUCCUGGUGCCUCACAUCUCUACUGACAGUUAUGAGCCCAUGGGAUCAGGUCGCCGGCCAUCUAGCGAGUUCCUCAUGUGUGGAGGGCAGCCACAGCCCAUUCCAGGACAGACCCCCAUGGUGUCCCCACGGGCUGAAACCACCCCCAUACCGGUACCCACCCAGAUCCGGAACUACCAGCGCAUUAAGCAGAACCUCUCCAGCAGCCCGACCACUACUCUUUGUGGCUCUCCCAGGUCUGGCACAGUGAGACGCUCUAACACUAGCCCUAUUGGGUUUCCUAAGAUGGGCUCAGGGUCUCCCAGCUCUGGAGAUGUUCCUCAAACAGUGGGCCGACGUCUCUCUACUGGCAGCUCCCGACCCUAUUCCCCUUCACCUCUUGUGGGCACCAUUCCUGAGCAACUGGGCCACUGCUGCUGUCACCUGCAGAACCAGGAGCCUCGCAGUCGGAGCUCCUCAGGAGGUUCCCCUGCCCCAUUGUCUCAGCUCCUUGGGGCUCGGCUUCAGAGUGCCCCCACCUUGACUGAAGUGUACCAGACCAGACAGAAGCUCCACAAACAGCUGUCCGAUCCCCUUCAGCCUUCUUCCUGCUGCAGUCACUCCCCUCAGUUUGGCCGACCAGCCAACCUGGGUUCCUCCCCUACCAAGCUGCUGGGCUCCUCUCCUCGCACAUCUGACUGGCUGCAGAAGUCUCCACUACCCACCAUUAUUGGUUCUCCCACAAAGACUGUGUCGGCACCAUUUAAGAUCCCCAAAACACAGGCAUCCUGUAACCUAAUGGCCCUGGCAGACAGCCCCAUGCCCACCAAGACGUUGGCAGACGCCCGAGACAUAUGUACUCACAACUGUAGCUCGUACCUUACCGGACGGGCAGCUGUGCCUGAGGCUAGUCGGACAUUUGGCAGGUCUGUUAGUACAGGUCGUUUGUCUGAGCAGCAAACUAGAAUUACCCUGGGUGGACAAGCAUAUCAGGGUAGCACUGACAGUCUGAACACAGAGCGACCUAUGGACACAGCCCCUGCAGGCCCCAGUGGCCAGGCUCAUGGUGGGUCAGCAAGUCCACGUACUGUGCUUUUCACUGUGGGCUCCCCACCCAAUAGCACCACUCCUCCCACCUGCAGCCACUUGGGCACCCGGCCUCGCACCACCUCAGUGGGCUCCAACAGUUCCACUGGCUCCUUGUGUUCCACCAGUGGUCGGGUCUAUGUUGGAUCUCCUCCGGGCAUGGCAAUGGGCUCCUCUCCUCCAGGAGCAUUUGGAUUUGGGCAAGCUGUCCCCGGAGCAGAGGGGGCACCUAGCAGUCUGCGCUAUGUCCCCUAUGGGACCUCCCCUCCUAGUCUAGAAGGAUUCAUAACCUUCGAAGCCCCAGAAUUGCCUGAGGAGACACUCAUGGAGCCUGAGCACACAGAUACACUGAUGCAUCUUCGGAUGAUGCUUUCAUUUACUGACUGCGUCCUGGAGAUGGCAGCAGUUCGAGCUGGAGGGACGGAGCUUGGCGUGUCUGUCGCCUCCCUCUACCCUCCCCACGACAGUGUGGUUGUGGACCAGAUCAGCCAGCUCAGCAAAGACUGGGGGCAGGUGGAGCAGUUGGUGCUCUAUAUGAAGGCUGCUCAACUCCUAGCAUCCUCCCUCCACCUGGCAAAGGCUCAGAUUAAAUCUGCCAAACUCAACCCUUCCACUGCUGUUAAACAAGUGGUGAAGAAUCUAAAUGAGCGUUACAAAAGCUGCAUCUCCCUCUGUCGGCGACUGACAAACAAACUCAACCACUUCUUUGCUGACAAACAGCGAUUUGUAGAUGAAAUUAACAGCGUUACUGCAGAAAAGCUCAUCUAUAAUCAUGCUGUGGAGAUGGUUCAGUCAGCUGCUCUGGAUGAGAUGUUCAAACAGACAGAGGAUAUUGCCUACCGCUACAGCAAGGCUGCCAUGCUUCUGGAUGGCUUGUCCAAGAUUUUACAGGACCCCACUGACAUUGAGAACGUGAUCAAAUACAAGGCCAGUGUGGACCGCAGAAUCUCUGCCCUCUGCUACUGCACUGUCACGCUGUAUGAGUAGCACACACAUUCAGAGGGAAUACAAAGACAGACUGACUAACAAGUUCACAAAACCACUGUUUUUUUACACUGUUUUCUGUAGCAGUUGAAGCACUUUUUUCCAUUUGAUUGGUUUAUCAUUAUUUGUCAUCAUGUGUUGUACUGGUUGCAUCAUGAACUGAAAUAUGACUGAUGCACAGGUUUUCAACCAAAGACGACUGCAGGUUCAGAAACAAAAAGGCUGAAACCAGACAUGGACAUAAUGCAGUGUGCAUGUCAUUCUGCUCACUACUGUAGGUGACAUCAGCUCCUAUUAAGUGUUUAAGCUGAUGUUCUUUUUAUUUAUUGACUCAGAAGUACAUGGAGCUCGACAACUUCAAUUACUAUUGCAGAACAACAUGGAAGAAAUCAGCACAUGUAAAAGUCCACAUAGGACUUAUACAUAAAACGCAAACUUCUGUUACAGAAACUCAGCCAUGAAAGACUAGGAACCUGCCAAUGUGUCACACCUUCAAAUAAUUUUUUUGUGUUAAUCGCUCAAGCACUUUAUUGUGACUUGAGAGGACGAAACAUGCAUAUGUGGACACGUGAAGGCGGCUGGAGAGUUUUGUAAUCUUGCCUUCUUCACUCUCUGAACAUACUCGCUUUACAGUGUGUGCAUCAGCAACAGACUGAAGUCACACAUUGCCCACAAGGUACAGCAACCUGGGUGAUUAACUAAGCCUUUUACAAAGUCACAUAUCUAUAGUUUGGUUAAAAUUUGUAUAGUGAAUAGGCACUGUACUCAUUUAGAUUGAUCUCAAUCAAAAAGAAUACUCGCAAGUAAGUUAACCCAGAGUAAACCCGCGAGGUGUUCAUUUUGUUUUGUUAGGAAGUAAUAGACUCAGGCAACCUCCUCAAUCCUCUCAAGGAGGAGGAUUAAUGUGAAUCCAGAUCACUUGCUUUCUGAAUAUUAGGAUGGAAACCAGGUCUUGUAAAAUGCUGUUAUGGUGACGCUGUGGCAGGCCCUUCCUUUGUCACCAAAGCAGCAUUUAGCAGCUUAAAGUUGGUCGAAUUACUCUAGUUACCUUGAUAGCAAGUAUCAUUAUGAUAUAAAUGCUACAGUUUUUUGUUUUGUGUGUAGACGUAGCAUUUGUUUUGUUUUUUUAUGAAAAUUUGAUGUCUGCAAACGUGAAUAUUUGUAGAUAGUUCACUUUUUUGUGGGGUGGUUAGUUAGGAGGGUCAAAUAGCACAAAAUGUUUUAGGUGCAUGAAUGAUUCAAAUACAGUUUUUGAGUUUGUAAUUCAUGUCUGCCAAGAGUUUGAUAUGGACGUUUUUGGGACACAUUGGUGUGCCAAACUAAACCAAGUCAUGGCAGCUCCAGAACAUCUUUAGAGAGGAUUUUCUACCAGACCUGCUCAUUCAGUAGACUUUAACAGUGGUUUCUAAAAUAAAUGUGUUGUCAUUUGAGAUUUGAUUUUUCACAAUCUUGCACUGCCUAGCACCCCUACUAGUAUUCAGCUGUUCUCCCAACAAUGUAUUUACUGUAUGUAUGAGUGUAAAUACUGUGUAUAUAUCACAGGCGCUUGCCAGGAGUAGAAGGCCAGUAGUGUGCAGUGGAUGGGGAAGGAGGCGCCUAACUGUUGUCAAAGCAAACACAAGCCUACUCCUGUGUACAGGUGUAAAUAAAUUCAUUUCCAAUGUAAAAAUGUGUAUAAAGAUAUUUACAGGCAUCCAGCAAACUCUGCCUUCCUCUCCCAUGUACUGUUCUUUUUUCUAGACAUAUUUGGGUUUAAGGUUCCCUUCUUGUCAUGGGAAUCUCCCGAAGCCUUUCAGUGAAAACAGAUGGCUGAUACAAACCUACCAACUCUUUACUACAUACCAUUUUGUUUAUAACUAAUAACUAAAGGACUGUUUUUGAAGGUGAAGCAUGGGGGUACCAAGUCUGCAUCUACCCUGUAAAGCUCCUAGAAUCUUUAAUGUCUGUACCCUGUUGUGUUUGCACCUCUCCAGCUUGAUAUGAAUGCAUUUUGAAGAACCUCCUCCUCCUGUCAGUCACAACCCUGAAGAUGCAACAGUGUGUGUUAAUGCUCUACUUGUCUCUACUUGUUUCUCACUGAGGGUGUUUGUUCUUUAUAAGAUGCAAAAUACAGUCUUGGUUGUUUAAAAACGG